GGGAUCGUGGCGUGUAGUAUGCACAAUAGCGUCCGGUUCGGGUUGAUGUGGGCGGCGGCGGUGAGGGUGAGGGAUGGGUUGAGGAAUCGGGUUUGGUUUGAGCCGAGGGGGAGGAGGGGAGGUGAGGGUAGGAGAGGUGAGUUGUUUUGUUUCCUUUCGUGGAGAUUGUAUUUGCUGGGAUUUUGUUUGACUUUUCUGAGUAGGAUGGUUUCGACAGGCGUUUGGGGGGAGAUGAUGCAGACGUGUGUUUCCGUGGGAAUAGUUUGCUUCUUGCUGCGUUUGGAGUGAGAGAAGGUAGGGGCUGGUCACUCGCAGGGUAUCAACAAUGCAAAAUGGAGGAAGCAGCUGACUGGUGGGAUCUCGAGGGAAAGAAAAUAGAUUUCAGUUAUUCGAGACUCGUGAAAGUAGAUUGCGAUGCUCAUCGCAACGGCCAUGUUCUUGGUCUAGGCAUGUACAGUCUAUAAAGAAAGGGUGGGAUUUUAAUACAAGACAAGCUUUUUGAGAACUUAUGCUUAUUUGCAUAGAUAUCUACAACCGUCUUCUUACCGAUGAGAAAUCUCACUCGUGAGACU